AUGGCGUCGUCUCUCAGGAGGCAGGUGGACGCCUUGCGGCAUGCCUCCUCCGGCACCUCGUCCGGGUACAUCCAGAGGAAGAAGGGCAAGCCGUCGCUGCUACUCACGCCUGAUCAGGCGGCCGAAGUGGACCUGUCGUCCGUUAGGGAGACUGCAGUAAUGGGGCUUCAGCGGUUAGAGGCCGUGGACCAAGACUUUUCCCCCUUCCAGGACACUUUGUUCAGCAAGGAAGCGGAGGGCACCCUGCGUGACCUUCAGACCAAGGAGUCGAAUGACCGCAUCGACAAGAGCAUCUCGGCCUUCCUGGCCCUGCUGUCCCCUCACUUCGCCUGCCGGGAGGCGCACUUCUGCCUCGAGUACCUGAUCCGGCACUACAAGGUCUACCAGUACAACGUCGACGCCGUGGUGGAGUGCUGCCUGCCUUGGCACGACACCGUGGCCUUCGCGCGGAUGGUUCAGCUGCUCAGCCUCAAGGGGUCGAGAUGGGAGUUCCUGACCCCUGUCCAGAAGACCGGAUCUCCGCUCCCCCGGGAGGCGAUCGCCCGGAGGUGUGCACGAGAUUUCGGCCUCCUCCGCUUCCUCUGCGUAUCGGCGCGCCGUGCCGCAGCCCGUGCCGCGUCCUGUUCUGUGGCGACGGCGCAAUCGACAUCGACGUCGUCUGUCAGCGCGGCCACGGCAGCCGGCAGGGCGAAGCUUUUCUCGUUUUACGCCGCGACCGUGGUUGAGGCGUUAGCGUCCCUGGGCACGACCUCCGAUCCUUUGCUCCGAGCGUUGGUGCCCACUGUCGUGCACGGGCUGUCUGCCACGAAGUCCCCCGAGUAUCAGAUGGCUUCGUACAUGAUCCUCUCAGCUUUGUCGGGCAAGGGCCCUCUUUCACUGGACGUGACCGGCCAAGCGCUUACCGCCCUCGUGUGCAAGCCUUGCCAAGGGGGGCUAGAGCCAUCCCUGCUGUGUGCCCUAGCUGUCGCCCAGACGCAAGUGGGUUUCUAUUCGAAGAAGGAUCCUUCAAACUCGUCGGCGGCGGCACCUCUGUUGCUUCCAACCGCUGCUUUCGAGAAGUUAUCGGCUAUGGAAUCCCUCGCGGGUGUCCUUGCGGGCCUUGCCCAGAAGUUCGACGCCACAGCGUUCUUGUGGCUACUGCUUCAGAGCUACGUGCAGCACCUACCUGACCAAGAUAGCCGGCACGGAGAGUCCCUGACAAGGCUCUGCACCUACCCUUACUGGCCUUCGCACUCGCUUCCACGUCUCAUUAGGAGACUUGUUGACCGCCUUAUCAGGUCGUACCUGGCCUUGACUCUGGAAGGCGCCGAAGAUGAAGCCGCCAUGGAAGUAGACGACGCACCGGAAAAGAGCCGCCGAUCUACCGCGAUGAAGACCGAGAGCCAGACCGUGUUGCGGGUGCUCAGCCAGCGUUACCCUGAAGAAGUGGAUGCCGCUGUUGCGAAGAUCAGCCGUAGCGUGACCAAGGCCAGGACGGCUACGGCCAAAGCGGCCCUGCAAGACGAUGACAAGCGAAACGAUGCCGGGGUCAUGACAGCCAAACGCGAGGCUCAUCUGAAGAAGGAGGCGUUGUCGUCUUUGUUGGUCUCUACGUUCGCCGGCGCACAGCUUGCUCCGCAUUUGCCGCUGCAGCAACAGGAGGAGGAUGCUGCAACUGUGGGCCAGGAAGGCCGUGAAGAUGGUGCUGUUCAUGGUUCACUGAUGGUGGCUCUUGAGCACUCGUCCGCCGUUGUGCGAGCCCGAGCCGUCGAACAACUCUCUCGCGCAAUAUUGAGCGCGGCGGAGAAUGAUGGCGCGGCGGCUGGAGAAUCAGCAUCAACGUCCGCCGGGGGUGUCGAAGAACUAUCGCCGGUGCUUGUAAGGCGGCUGCACGACGAGGACCCAGACGUCGUCCUCGCUAUCACCGAAAGUGAUACCCUGGUUCAACGAGUUCUUCUCCGUCCUCGUUCCUUUUCUCCUAUGGCGGACGAUUCUACUGGUGGCGAUGGUGUCGGCGGCGCCGACGAUUCGGAUGUGGUUGAUCGAGCCGCUGCUGUUGCGUCGGCCGCAAUGACGGCCGCGGGUCCGUGGUUGUCGGCUAUUUCGGAGGUGAGGCCGAAGCACCCCGUGGCUUCGGCGGGUAGGGUGCUGUGCGGUCUCGUCCGCCUCGCGGCCGCUGCGUCUUCCGCGUGUGGUGAAGGAGGGUCUGCGGGGGUCAAACAGGCCAGAGAUCCGGCGCUGUCGCUGCUGCUGGAGUGUCUGCCGGGCCCGCACGCGACCGCUCGCGUGAGGUCGGCGCAGCGACAGGCCGUCGGUGCAGACGGCCGCGGGGACAGUGCUACUGACGAGGGUGCCACGGACCCGGCCGCCGCCGCCGCCGCCACCGGAAAGGCUUGCAAGAAGGCCUCGAGAGCGGUCGGUCGCGCGGCGAUAGAGGCCGUCAGCAGGUUGGGUGUUGGCGUGGAGGGCGACGCCUUGGCCGGUCUCUUCGCCGUUGUCGGUAAGGUUUUGAAUAAGUCCGACGACGAAGGAAGCGGCAAGGGUUCCGCCGCAAAGUCCCCCGGGAAGAACAAUAGCAAGAAGAAAAAGUCGGGUGACGCCGACGACCUGGAGGCGGAAGGGGUCAAGUCGAAGGGCCUCAAGGUGAUGGGGGAGGAGGUUUGCGAUGCUCUGGCGGCCGCAAUUGUCGGUCCAGGCGAUCUGGACAGCAAAAAUCAUCAGUUGCAGACUCUUCGAGAUACCUGCGGUGCCGGUGGUCGCUGGCUCGUCCUGGAGUGCACAUACCGCGCGCUGAACCUCGCUUCUGCCAGUUCUAGCGGUGGUGGCAACGCCAAGGCUCGAGCGGCGGCUACAGCAGCAGCGUCCAGCCUCUCCUCGUUGCUGGCCUCACUGGCGACGUCCGAGCUUCGCCUCCGCCCUCACCUCCUCUCUGCCAGUCCGGACGGAGAUGAUGCCAAAGUUGUGGGCGCGGUCGGCGCCGCGGACCUCCUGCGGUACCUCCGAGCCUGCGCGGCGCACCUGCCCCGUCUGGAACGGUCGUCGUCACUCUUUGCCGAGGAUCACUUGGCGGCGUCAGCGGCGACUCCGUCCGUUGGCGGGAACUGUGACACGUCCGUGGGUGGGGAUGGUUUCGCCGUCACCCCCGCCCCGCUUCUCGGCGACGUGCUGGUGUCGGUCUUGACGGCAACAGCCGAGGGUGGCAGCAAAGGAGGGGCCACCGCGGUGUGGGAGGCCGUGAGCGCCGUGGUGCUGCACGGGUACGAGCGGCGGCCACUGCCCGCCCUCGCCGCCGUUGCGAUAGAAGGCGUCACCGUGGCCGGAAGACGGGGUCGUGGGGUCGCAGCGCGACAGCAGCCGAGACGUGGCGGAGGGGUUGACGACGCGAAGUUGGUUGCCGCCGCCCGUGCGCUCUGCGUGGCCGCGACGUUUGUGAGAGCAGGGGCGGAGGCGGUGGCAUCUGGAGAUACGGUCGAGGAUGGGGAGUCGUCGAAGGCGGCGGAGAGAGACAUCGUUGCGGUCUUCCCCGCUGCGGUGCUGGCUGUCGCGUCGGAUGAUGAGGGCCUACGAGAUAGCGGCCUUCUGUUCAUCACCACUGUGUCUGCGCACGGCGAUGCUCUCAGCGCGGAGUUGUCCGGCAGCAGCGGCGGCGCUUCUACAAGCGGGGCCAAGAAAAGCAAGCCCGCCCCCUCCCCCGGUCCGAGGGUUGAGGACUCCGAGUUCUUGCCAUUGGGACAGAUGGGGGAUGGUGCGGCCGAGCCGUCAUCUCUAAACGCGCCGUCGUUGUCUAGUCUCGUCGAGCUUGCCGCGGCGCUUGCCGGCAAAAAUCGCGAGUCCGCACUCGACGCCGGGGAGCUGACCCGACACCUCGCCACCGUUCUCGGAGAAGCUGCCGGUGGCGGCUGGCAGGAAGAUGUCUUGCGUUACCUCGUGGCGUGGGCGGCAAGGCUCGGGUGGAGAGAUCCUACCGCCUCUGCGCUCCUGCUGGAGUGUUUGGUGUGGGCGAAGACACCGAUGAGGGAGUGCUGCUUGCCGCUUUUGCGCUGCUGCCUGGACUCGGAGCAGGCACAAAACAACCAGAACAACGAACGCCUCCUCAACAUCCUCCUUGGAGUUACCCUCAACCUUGCCGUCGGCGACGCAACCGUGGCGGCGGUGGCAGUAGCAGUGGCUGAACGUGAAGAGAGCAGCAGGAACACCAAAAGUCCCAAGAAAACAACGCGCGGGAGCAAGGACAAGGCAAGCGCCGCCGAAGAUUAUCCGGCAUCCGCGUCUUCGACGAUUUUCGCGAGCGUCGAGGCGGAGCAGCUGAUGCACCGGGCGCUGAGGAGCCCCGGACCCGCGCAAAGUCACGCUCUGCACUGCCUGUGUGCAACCUCCCUUCCGAGCUGUGGCGUCGGUGCUCAACCACGCGGGGAAGAUGAAUCCACCCGCCAGAGGCGUGAUCUGGUGGCUGUCCUCGUGGAGGCGGGUCUCGCCGGUGCUGACGGGAGUCUGGUGGCUGCGGCGGCGCGGGCUUUGCCCUGCCUGCCGGGCGAUAUGGCGGCUCUUCUUGUUGGCUUGCCACCUCUCUCGGGUGCUGGUGCUGGAGCUUCGACCCCUUCCAAGGGGCGCAAGAAGAAAUCAUCAGCAGCGUUCAAGGCCGAUACCGCAACCACCGAGACCGGCUGGGUGUUAACCCUCGGAGGCCUGGUCGAGCUGGCCCAGGCCCUCUGCGGUCCUUCGUCGUCUUCGUCUUCUGUGCCGGACCAACAGCAACAGUCCCAAUCCGAAUCCCAUUCAACCAAGGGCGUUCGCAACGGUCGUGGUGCAGUUACCGCCGGGGCGACGACUAGCGCUGAAGGCUGGGGCUGGGCAGGCCCUCUGGCGAUCGCGCGCCCGCUGUUCGACGUCUUGCCUUCGCUGAUCGCCGUCGUGACGAAGGGAGCGGCGGAGGAAGAAGGCUCCUCCUCUACAGCAGUAGGGGGGGGCGAUGUUGUUGAUGCCGCGGAGUACGGGCUCUGGUUAACGAUGGACGUGUUGGGGGGCGUGCUGCGGCGGUGGGGCAAGGGCGGCGUCGGCGGCGGUGGCGGCAGCGCGGCCGCGGAGAAGCUGUACGAGGGGUGCCGCGCCGGGGAAGAUGCGGAGACGGUGUUGGCCUGCGUCAGGGAGAACCCUAGUCCACAGACCAGGAAUAGCGCUCUGGCUCUCCUGUCGAGGAUGGCCACGCUCUUCCCGGCGCAGAUGGCUUCAAGGCUCCGCUCCCUCUUGGAUGCUGUGUGUGCUGCCGCCGCGGGUGGCGAGGGCCGAUCGAGCGGAGGUGGUGGUGGUGGUGGUGCCCGAGCUGCGCUGCGGCAAACUCAGAAGGCGGUGCAGAGUGUAGUGCCUGCGCUGAAGGCGCACGGCUCCGAGGCCGGAGUUGGUGCCCACUUUGUCGUUCAGGUGUUCGUGGAAGCGCUCGAUGAUGCCCCCGCCCAUGCGCGGCGAGCUCUCUUUUCGACCCUCGUCGACUCCCUCGGAGAGGAGUCGCUCGCCAUCAUGUCGGCCCUGCUGCUGCGGAGAGCGGUCUCUUCCGGUAGGCCGGAUGUCGGUGGCAAGUCGGCGGAUGAGGAGACGACGUCGGCUCUGAUUGAGUUCGUGCACCAGACGAUCCACCGCUCGAGAGCACGGGGACAGGUGAGAACGCUGGUGGGCCUGGUCCAAGCCUGCCACAGGCUGUCGGUGAGUGCCGCAGAACGUUCCGGGAGCCUCUCCGGACAGGCUCUCGACGAAGCCGUGGAGUGCUUCGUCGAAGAUUCUGCCGCCAGCGAGAAAGGAGAAGAUCAAUUAAAGACGGACUACCUGCAGCUCCCUCUGGUACAGCAGGAACCAGCACGAGAUAAGAAGGCUUCGAGCCCCGCCUUCAUGACUAUGGACCUCAGAGCCCUGUCCGAGGAAGAUAGCAAAUACAUGGCGGGAAAUUUCCUUGAGUUGGUGCUGUCGUUUGUGCGGGACCACUUGGUGUCGAGGCCCCUGGUGAUGGCGGUCGCGGCGGCGGCAGAGCGUGGAGCCGACGGGAAAGGCUUGAGCGAGGACGAAGGGAUUCAAGAAGGGUUUCUCCUCCUCUGCGAGGAGCUGCUCUUGUUUCUCCGAACUCUGUCGGUCUGCGGUCGGGUUUCUUCAAGCGGUAGCGGAGACGAGCCUGCGUGGUCCUCUCUUCAGGGCCUAGCCUACGCGGUGUUUGAGACUCUUCAGUCUCUGCUAUCGGUCCCGUCCUUCGUUGCAGUCACGCAGGAGCUCCUUCUGCACCAGGACCCCCACCUGCGUCGGAAAGCCCUGCGGAUGUUCACACGCCGCCUAGAUCCGGCCGAGGGAGGGGGGAGCGGGGGCGCGCCGCGGCUGUCCCCGGGUGAAGAAAGCUUGUUCGUGGAGAUGGUGCCCUCCUUGAGGCUCGUGGCCAUGGGCAAGAGGUCUGUCGGCAGGGCAGGAGAGGACGAUGAUGACAUUGGAGAAGGAAUCGAAGAGGUCAUGGGGCCGUCUUCUCCGGAGGGAGGAGAAGGAGGACCCGAUGCAAUGGACCAAGAUCGUGACGAAGACGGCAUGAAGGAGAGCGCCGUCAACCGUCAGACAGCGCUGCUGAGCCUGGACGUGCUUGCUCGCGUGCUUGGAAGGCGGCACCAAGGAGCGUUCGAGGGCGUCCUCGGUGACGUCACUGAAAUGGUGGCUGGGGUGGGACCCGGCGCUCUGCCUGCCGUUGGCCAACCAGGCUCCGAUGGGAUCCUUCCUCUUCGCGCGAGCGCCUUCCUUCUGGUGGCUACCCUAUGCGCCGUCCUUGGUGUCCGGGCCUUCCCCCGCCUGCCGCGUUUCUUUCCCGCGAUGCUCGAAGCCCUCGAGUUUCAGACGCCCUUUACAACGGCUGUCACGGACGGCGCUGCUGGCGCCGGAGGGCGCGGUGGGGGAAGGAGCCUGCUCUGGACGAGCGCCUUGUCGGCAGUGGCCACCGUCGCCGCUAGCCUGCCGUCCUUCCUGAGCCCGUACCUCGGGAGAAUUUUGGCUGUCGCCUUGCGGCCUGCCUCGGCUGGCGCUGGUUCCAGUGGUAGUCCUGCUGCGGCGGGUAGUAAGCAGGCUGCAGACCGGGUGCUGUCGUUGCUCUCGACGGGGGUCGAGGCGAGGUUGUUAGUUCCGGCGGUGUGCGGAGCUUACUCCGGCUGCGUGGAGAGCGUCAAGGCGGGCGAGGAGGAGGGAGUGGGAGCCGCGGGGAGGUCGAUAGCUCGGCUCUUGGCCUACGUACAAGAGAUCGUUGCGGGGCUGGAGAAGGCGGCAGCGUCCGCGGCUCUUCCACAGUUAACCCGCCUGCUGACCCAAGCGCUCGACUUCCGAAGACAGCAUGCGAGUGGAUCGACUCCCCAAGUAAGGGAAAGCGCCGCACUCGUGGAAACCGAGGCGUCUUCGGCCUUGGUGGGCCUGGUGAUGAGGCUGAGCGAGGUGGAGCUAAGGCCACUGUUUCUGCACCUUUGCGAGUGGAAGGCAGGUGUUUCGUCUGGAGAGGGCGACCUCAAGGCAACUCUGGGGGCGCUGGACCGACGGCUUUCGUUCUACCGAGUUCUCGAUGGCCUUGCAGGGGCUUUAAAGAGCAUUUUCACGCCGUACUUCGCGCAUGUCCUGACGGACUGUUGCGAUGACAUGGAAGCUGCCAGCCUCCUGACGAGUGUCGCAGCCAACGGCUCUCCUGCUGCUGCGAAGAAGAAGAAGCGAAAGCGCGCCAGUGAGGAAGCCUCCAGCAAGAGAAAGCGCCGCAAGACUCUGUCCUCGGGCGAUGCAUCAGAUUCGGACGAAGAGAUUGGCGAAGGCAACGACGGAGAGGGAGAGGAUACUCCCGAGCUCCGGUGGCGACGGUCGGCCGCUUCGCGCCUCGUGCUCUCGGCCCUCCGUCGCUGCUUCCAGUCGGACCGAUCGGGCUUCGUCAACAAGACCCGCUUCGAGCUGGUGCUGCCUGCCGUGGUGGCCCAGCUGGAAUGCGGCUCCGAUUUCUCCGCUGCCGCAGCGGGAGGAGGAGCGGAGGAUGACGUCUCGUCCUGUCGGCUCCACGCGGAAGAGUUGGUGGGGCCGUGCCUGGCUCAGUUGGCGUCGGCGUCGGGCAAGGACGCGCUGUGGAAGGCGCUGGCGAACGCCGUGCUGAUGAAGACGAGGUCGAGGAGGGCGGGCGUGAGGGUGGCGGCGCUGGUUUCGUUGCGGCAGUGUUUCGAGGUGGUCGGGGAGGAGUUCCUGGCGCUGCUGCCGGAGUGCUUGCCAUUCCUGAGUGAGCUACUGGAGGACGGUCAUCCGGAAGUUGAGAGCGAGUGCCGCGCUUUGGUCAAGUACAUCGAAGGAGUCUUGGGGGAAUCCAUCGAGAGCUACCUGGUGUAGAUCUACGUAUCUCUGGGUCUAUCCGAUAGAUGACAGUGUGUCCAAUACAACAAUCCAGCACAAGAUAGCGCGUUGAGGAUUGACUUAUCGUUUGAAG